AUGGAACUACAGGGCCUACAAGAGGCGUUGAAAGUAGAAAUCCAAUGUCAUCAGAACCAGAAGAUAUGCAAAAGCCUCAAUGAACUCCAAAACGGACAGAAGCUGGCUGUUCGGACCUGUCCAGUCGGGACGACCAAGCCUCUGUCCCUCAUCAAGGCCCCUGGCCAGGGUAUUGCCAUCUCUGUGGUGCCAGCCAAAGCCCCAGUCUCUAUGGUUACAGCACACAUAAACGGACAAAAAGUGCCAAGUUCAGAAUCGCUGCAUUCGUCCCCCAUCAACCUCCAAACCAGUGGCCGAGUGGUGGCUGGAAGUGUCCACUCGCACAGCAGCAGGAGAGCCGCAGAGCUGCCUCCGUCGCAGAUGUUGGGGACUCUCACUGCUGUGCCCAUCAAGGUGCCUCAAGUCAGCUCUUUGCAUCGGCUGGCAGGACAAGCCACCACAGUGUUACCUCAGGUCAGGCCAAAGACACAGAUCCCAGACAGCCUUCCUCACAGAGGACACUACCAGGAGCUGCUUGACCUGCAGAAGGCCACAGCAGUGGUCAGUCCCAGGAGCCAGGGCCCCUCGCAGCCCACACUCCCCACCUCCAACAGCACACUGAGCCCAGAUCAGCAACCAGAGAGGCAGGGGGCGGCCUCCCCCCCUCAGCCUGUGGCACUGGAGUCCAGCAGUCCUGUGCAGAAUGCGUCAGCAGGAGCGGGAGUGGCAUACGCCAUCAUAGCAGCUCCUGUCAAUGGUGUGUCAGGCGUCAGCGAGGCCGUCAAAGUCCAGCCACUGUUCUUCAGCGCCGAAAACAAGGUCAUAAUAAUCCAUCCGCAGGUGCCCAACAGCAACGAGGGAUCGCCUGAAGGCCAGGCUGGCGUCCUCUCACAACACGAUCUGUCCUCCCCUAAAUCCCCCUCCGUUAAGAAAGAUGAAGACCCAGAAAAAAUUGCCUUCAUGGUGGCCCUUGGCCUCGUUACCACAGAUCACCUUGAAGAAAUCCAGCAGAAGAGGCAAGAGAGGAAGAGGCGAAGCACUGCAAACCCAACAUACAGUGGCUUGUUCGAACCAGAGCGGAAACGCCUGGCCUCCCACUACCUGAACAGUUCCCUGUACCUGACGGCACGAGACUCGGAGGACUUCUGCUGGAAGGAUGACUUGGAGCAUGACGAACUCUGCACUGUCUGUAAAGAAGAUGGGGAGGUGCAGCCCUGCCAUAACUGCCCCCGAGUUUUCCACCCAAAUUGUCUCCACCCGCCGCUCAAAACCCCGCCAAGAGGAUCCUGGUACUGCCCCAAAUGCCAAAAGAAGGUGCUGAACAAAGAAAACCUAUCAUGGCCACAAAACUUCAUACAGUCUUAUGUCACACACAAAACAGUGAGGCAGGAGGAGAAGAGGCGCCUACUGAGGAGGAACAACGAGCUGAAGAAUGAGUGUGCUCACCUGGAGGAGGAAGACAACAAGUUAAACAACUCACUCAACCGAUGCAUGGACAUGAGGGAGAGGCUGUUGCAGCAGCAGAGAGACACAAGAGCGUCUCUGGACCGGAUCAAGUCUCUGCUCGCACUCAUCCAGCGCGACCAAGUCAUCCAGGUCACCAUGACGACCACCACGAACAUCGGCGCCUCGCUGUUGUCCCAGGCCUGGAUGAAGCCCACCAUAACCAGUCCUUUGUCCGCACCCAUCCUAAAGAGCCACGCCCAGAGCCAGGACAACAACUAG